AUGGCUAAAACUGUGGUUCAAAGUGGACCCAAAGGCAUAAAAAACUUCACCACGUCAAUUGGCUGGAUGGAAGGCCAGGACCAGUGCGACCCUGGGACUCUUAGACUUAAUCCCGAACGUUGUAUCAACAAGAUGCUUAAUGUUCUAACAAGCUACCAGUCUUUUGUGAAGUCCUUGUCUGAGUUUACAAGUUGCCCUGUCGCCCAUCAAAUGAAUCCAGUGCUGUUGCAGCUGCAUGAAGACAUGAGUAGAUGUGUCAAAUCCAGGACUGAGUACAAUCACCACGAGGAUCACAUCAGUGAAAGAAAGUUCCAGGGCUUCGAUAACUGGACGAUGGAGCUAUUAUGUAAAUACACCAUGGAACGCCUCUUCUCCUUCUCCAUUCUCACGGCCAGGGGGAAGAUGAAUGUUGGCGUGGCUCACAGCGAGGUGAACCCAAACACUCGGGUGAUGAAUAGUCGCGGCAUCUGGCUCACAUACCUGCUCCUCACAGUGGUUCUGCACAUCGUCCUUCUCAGCAUCCCCUUCAUCACCGUGCCCCUCGUCUGGACCCUCACCAACGUCAUUCACAACCUGUGGAAGAAGAAGUUCCUGACCUAUCGCAUCUAUAACUUCGCCGAAGACCUGGGCCCGGGGAAAACGCGCUCAGCCAUUCAAAACGCUUUCAAAUACUGGAGCAACGUGUCGCCUUUAAGGUUCAGAGAGCUCUACUCUGGGAAUGCAGACAUCAAAAUCUCUUUUCACAGGAAGGAGAAGUCUUGCCCAGUGCCCUUUGAUGGAAGAGGCCAUGUUUUAGCUCACGCAGACGCUCCCGAGUCUGGACUCAUUCAUUUCGAUGCGGACGAGCUGUGGACAGAGGGACGGAGCUCUGGAUCAAACCUAAGGAUCAUAGCAGCACAUGAGAUCGGCCACGCCCUCGGCCUGGGACACUCCCAGUACUACAGCGCACUCAUGGGGCCUGUGUACAAGUACCACUCCAACUUCAAGCUUCAUCCUGACGACAUCCAGGGAAUACAAGCGUUAUAUGGAAAGCCUCAGUCUCCAGACUCCGCCCCCGCUGCUCCACCCGGAGGUAGUGCUCCAGACGUCUGUAAAGUCAAACUGGAAGCUGUCAUGUUGGGUCCAAAGCAGCAGACGUAUCUUUUCAGCGGUGCGUUCGUUUGGACAAAGUCUGGUUCUGGCUCUCUCUCUGGGCCGGUCCAGGUCUCUGCUCUGUGGAAGGGGCUGCCUGGAGGCCUGAGUGCAGCUGUGCACUCCCCACGCACUGGCAAGUCCUACUUCAUCAAAGGAGACAAGUUGUGGAGAUACUCUGGGGUCAAACUUGACCAUGGAUUUCCCAGGCGCCUGAACAACAUCCCGGCAAACAUCAACUCUGCUUUUUAUUCAAGCAAAAACAACAAGCUGAUCUUUUUAAAGGGCUCUGCAUAUUGGCAAUGGGACGAGUUCAAACCAGCACACUUCAAGUCUCUGCCCGUCAGUCACCUGUUCAAAGGCGCCCCCAGCGACACAGACGCCGCAGUGACGUGGACAGAUCACAGUGUGUAUCUGUUCAAAGGCUCGGAGUUCUGGAGAGUCGACCCAAACAAGGAGAGAGUAAAAGGCUCCUCAAUGAGUACUGCCUCUGACUGGCUGCAGUGCGAGGACUGA